ACACUUUAGAGGGCCUUGGCCUAGUGGGGAGAUCUUAAAGGGGACGGGGAAGUGAAGGAAGAAUUGACUGGCACCAAAGAGAAACUGGCGGGGGCUAGGGAGCAUGCUGGUGGCCCCAUCAUUGACAAGGAAGAUGUAGGCACCAAGAGGAUGAACUAUGGCACUGCUGUGGUGAUAGACAAUGGGUCUGCAGUGCUGAAGGUGGGCUUGGCGGGGAACAGGGAGCCCCAGUUCAUUUAUGCCAACAUAACAGGCCGAGCCAAGGGCAAAGCUGGGGCUUCAGAAAACUCACAGAGGGAUCUGUUUGUGGGUGAGGAAGCCCAGGCCAGGAGAUGUGCCCUCUCCAUCAGCUAUCCAGUGGAACGGGGCGUUGUCACCUCCUGGGCAGACAUGGAGGCAAUGUGGAGGAAUGUUUACGAACAUAACUUGAAAAUGAAGGCUCACGAGAGCCCAGUGAUGCUCACAGAGCCAGCACUCAACCCUCUGGCUAAUAGGGAAAGGAUGACCGAGUUAUUCUUUGAGAGUUUUGAGGUACCAGCUCUUUAUGUCUCUAUCCAGUCUGUCCUGGCUCUCUUUGCCUCGGGCUAUACAACAGGGUAUGUGCUGGAUUCAGGCGCUGGUAUAUCCCAAUGUGUGCCCAUCUUUGAAGGUUACUGCCUACCUCAUGGUGUCCUUCGGUUGGAACUGGCUGGACGAGAUCUCACCGAGUACCUUAUUAAACUCCUCCAAGACCAUGGCAUCUUGCUGCUCAGCCCAUCAGACAAAAAGGUUGUCAAUCACAUCAAAGAGAACUACUGUUAUGUGGCUGCCAACUUUGAUGAGGAACUGACUAAGAAUCCCGCCAUAUUGGAGAAAGCUUACAAGCUGCCUGAUGGGAAGACCAUCAAACUCCAUGAUGAAAUGUUCCGAUGCCCAGAGAGCCUUUUUCUUCCAGGGCACCUGAAUUUGGAGGCUCCUGGCAUUGAUAAGCUCUGCUUCAAUAGUAUAAUGAAGUGUGACACAGAUUUAAGAAACACCUUCUUCUCCAAUAUUGUCCUUGCAGGGGGAUCAACCUGUUUCUCUGGUUUAGACAAGAGACUAGUAAAAGAGCUGGCCCUCAUGGUGCCUGCCAACACUUCUGUGAGGGUUUCUGCCCCACCAGACAGGAAAAUAUCUGUGUGGAUGGGAGGCUCUAUUCUUGCCUCCCUCUCAGCCUUUCAAGAUAUGUGGAUCACUGCUGCAGAAUUUAAAGAGGUCGGAGCCAACAUAGUACAUCAGCGAUGCUUCUGAAAAUUCAUUACUGAUAAGAUGCUAAGGAAAAAAAUGUGUGUGCAUGAAACAAAGAAUAUGUGAAAAAGAAAGAAAGACAGAGAGACAGAGAGAGAGAGAGAGAGAGAGAGAGGAAGAGGAGAGAAUUUGAAGAGAUUUUACCUAAUUUUUUUCUGGGAGAGUAGAAGACAUUUUAGCUAUACCUUUGCUCCAAUUCCAAAAUAAAACACGGAAGGGAAAAAAUAAUGACUAUUUAUUGGAUAAUUAAGCAGCAAAUAGUUAUCAGGUACCUGCUCUGCAAAUAUGAGUUGAACAUCUAAUUGACAGCACUCCAAGCUCUGGGUUUACACAGUUGUAUAGUUUCAAACUUGGGGAACAGCCCCCAAGUUACUUUUUUUUAGCCAAGAAACCCAUUUAUCCAAAUUAUAACAAAACAAAAAUCAGAGAAAGUGUACAUGGGAAAAUACAUACCAUACAACACAGAAUCAAGGAGCUCUCCCAUUGGGAAUGAGGUAAUUCAGCUCAAACAAAAGUCUUAGAUCUCUCUCAAGCAGAAAUUCCUAGAGCCUAGUGUAGUAAGUUGGGGAUACAGACAUGAUGAAGACCACUGGCACUUUCUUUUAUUGGCUUCUCCCCAGUCUUUUCUUGCUGAAUGUCAACAGUGCCUGAAGCCUGAAGAAUCCUGAAAAGACUCUUGAGCUCAAAGACAGCGAGCCUCUCCUCUUUCCCAGUCUAGACAGUGGUGCUCACACAGGUGCAGGGUGUUGAUCUCCACCAGGGAGGAGAGUGUCCUAUACCAGCCGGAUUUGGGACUCCCCAAGUUACUUUCUGGUUCAUUUUCCUCCAUCCCAGGUUUCCCUGAGAACCGCAGUUUAGCUUAAAUCUAGGUCUCCCCAGUGACCAUUAAAAGUGCCCUCAGCUGUUAUGCAUGUACCCAAAUCACAAUGUAUUUGGGAAAGAGAACAGCUUUGAUUUUACCCCAGAGACUAUUAUACAAUACAAAGGGCUCAUAGUAACCUUUUAACCACUAAAACUAAAAAAAGAAAACAAUUCUC